CAUUCAGCGCGUGAGGGGUUAAGCGGGCAGUUCGCAGCGGUCUCUCUCCUCUCCUCUCCGUGCGCGGCGUUCAGCGGAUACUCAUCGGACUCCUGCCCGGUUCGGUCCGGUUCGGCUUUUUCAGGGUUUUUUUUGGUGCGCUUUUCCUGCGGAGGCACAAAAAAAAAAAAAACUUUGGGAACAAAAGUGAAAAGUUUCUUCCCCCGAACUGCGGCACGUCUCGAUUUCACGCAGGCGAAAGCCAAGGAAAGCAUGUGUGGGUGUUGACUCGUCUGUCAGGUUGACCUCGCCGCUGCCUGCUUUGACCCCGCCCCCCCCUUACCCCACCCCACUGUCCACCUGUCCAGUGAGGCUCGCUCCACACCAUGUCUGCAGAGGUGGAGAGCAGCGCGGCCCUCCCCGCCGAGCCCAGCGCCGCGUCGCCCCCUGCGGCCCCGGCCGCAACGCCUCCCACGUCGCCUCCCACGUCGUCGCCUGCGACGGCCACGUCCAAGGUCCCGUUCAAGAGGGAGAAGAAGAAAGUCUCUGAGAAAACCGAUGAGUACCUGCUGAGCAGAUUUCAAGGGGAUGGCGUGCGGUACAAGGCCAAGCUGAUUGGCGUGGACGACGUCCAAGACGCCAGAGGAGACAAGAUGUCACAGGACUCCAUGAUGAAACUUAAGGGCAUGGCGGUGGCUGCUCGGUCCCAAGGAAAACACAAACAGAGGAUCUGGGUCAACAUCUCCAUGUCGGGCCUCAAGAUCAUUGAUGAGAAAACGGGAGUCAUCGAACACGAGCAUAUGGUGAGCAAGAUCUCCUUCAUCGCCAGAGAUGUGACGGACAACCGGGCGUUUGGGUACGUGUGCGGCUCAGAGGGGCAGCAUCAGUUCUUCGCCAUCAAGACGGCGCAACAGGCAGAGCCGCUGGUCGUUGAUCUGAAAGAUCUCUUCCAGGUCAUCUUCAACGUGAGGAAGAAGGAAUUGGAGGCCUCUCAGACGGGGGAAAAUGGCAGCACUGUGGUGGAGAAUGGCGGCGAGGCCCUGCCCGGUGUGGCAGGAGAAGUAAAAGCUUCUCAACCGGUGGAGCAGCUCGACCUUUUUGGAGCCAUGUCGACCCCUCCAGACAUCCAGUCUCCGAAUGACUCUAAUGAUACGCUCUUGCUGGACUUUUCCGCUGAAGUUGACAGCAAUCAGAAUUGCAUAAAGGGUCACUCCUUUGCCACUUCCUGCGGCCCCGAGACAGAGAAUCCCUUUUCCUCCACGUUUGGCUACUUUCCGACCCCAGACAGUGACCCUUUCAGAGACGACCCCCUCUCUAAAUCGCCCGCUUGGUCGGAAGCCGAUAGUUCCCAGAGCUCCGCCGGCAGCGCCUGUAAGGCAACGCUCAACGCCGGUCUGACCGGGGACCCCGAGCGCCUUGCCGAGCAGGUGAAGGACUUGUCCGGCAAGACCAUGAUCCUGGCCCUCAAUAACGGACAGUGGCCACUAGGGGGCGCGAUAGCUCAGGGCAACGCGAUCAGCGUGAUGGACUUGGGUGAAUCGGGGACGGUCCUCUCGGCCAAAAACCCCUUUUUUGACCCUCUUUUACAAGCCGGGGCCGCGUCGAGCGGCGUAGCGCAUCAGCCGCCGGCGAGUCAUAGCCGGGAUUCGGCGGUCAUAAGCCCGCCUCCGCAGAGCUCUAAGGCCGGACGAGGUCGACGCAGCGCAAAGUCCACAGUGAGUGACCUGUUUGGAGCGGAGCUAUUUUCUGCUCCGGUUCACUCUGAAGGCUCGUCUUCCUCGGGUGACUUUUUCAACAGUGCAACGCCCCCCUCCAUCGCCGCGCUGGGAAAUCUCCAGUUGGGCCCUCCGGCUGCGAUGGGGAUCCCCGCUGCAGGCAUGUGGGGAGCCUCCAUGGCGCCGCCCUCCAUGUUCCCGCUGCAAGGCGCUCCAGGGCCGAUGCCCGCCUACCCCCAGCCGUCUGCCUUCGGCGGCGUACCCGUCCCACCCGCCGUCUGGGGCGCUCCGGCGCGCCCUCAGUUCGGCGCCGCGCCCUUAUCUCCGCCCCACCUCAACUGGGGCCAGCCCCCGACGGCCGGGGGUCCCGGCUGGGGUCAGCCAGCCGCGUCCAAUCCUUUCCAACCCGUCCCGUUCCCCGCGCUGGUCGACCACCAGGGCCCGUCCCGCCCGCCUCCUCGGCCGCCCGGGAAGGAGGUGCCGGCGAAGGUGGAGAACAGCGCCUUCACAGCCUUGGACCCCCUUGGCGACAGAGAGAAGAAGAUGGGGAAGGACAUGUUCAAGGACUUCCAGAUUGCCAAACCCCCUGCCAUCCCGGCGAGGAAAGGGGAGCUGGCGGCCGCAGGGCCCGGUGGCGACGCCGGGGCCUUCGAUCAGUACUUCAACAGCAAAGUGGGCGUGGCUCAGGACACCGCCGACCACGAUGACUUUGACAUCAAUCAGAUGUCGGCGGUUGUAAACGCGCCUCCUCCGGCUGCCGCCCCCGGCUUCAACGCCGGCCUCCUCGACGCCGCCUUCUCCUCCGCCGCUCCAGUCGUUAACAACUCUGCCCCGGGGCCCGUUCAGGACAUGUUUGACAACGCGUUCGGGUCCCCCGAUUCCAGUCUCUUUGGGGCAGCGCCUCCAGCUGUGCAGACUGUUGCAGUUGGACAGUCUUCUGUUUCAAUGGCUGCUUUUGGGGAUUCUUUCGGGAAUCCCUUUGCUUGAACCCAACUUGUGUUGAAUGGAGCAAAUAGAAAUCUUCAUAUUGAAUGACCACCUUUGGGACGACCUGCGCGAGACAAUCCAAAAAAUGAACUUUUCUCACUCUUGUCCUUGUCCCACCCCCUUUUUUUUUUACCCUUCCAGGUAGAAUGCUUUUCCUUUCUAAACCAAUCGGUAGUUUCCUUAUUUCUGAAGACCACUGAUCUAAGAAGUAAAUGUUUUGUACUGAUCUGCUGAGGAAAGAUGUGUGUUUGUAUACGUGUGUGUAAAGUUCUGGCCAAAGAUUCACUGCUGAUGCUGUCUGUGUUAAAUAAAUAAAGUAAUUCAAUCGUAA